GUCUUCUCUGUGUUGAGGGGUUGUGUUCUGGCGCGCGCGGGUCUUCGGGUCUAUGGACUUGCUGUUUACCGUUUCUCUGCUCGCAAGGAGAAGUAUAGGAAAGCUCUCUUAUUUUUAUGUAAUGUAUUCGCGCAAGGAGCCGUUCUAAACAAACAUCAGCUGGUUUGUGUAGUGCUGGGGUGUUUGGUUGGGUGGUGUGGUGUAAAAAGCCAAGAAGUUUGAUUGGGAGUUGUUUGCGAAACCUGGUUGGAGUAGGCUGUGGAGAGUACGCGCAAACGGAAAAUGAGCGCGCGAUUGCUGCGAUUUUCGGGGGUUCAGAGACUGGGAACGGACUCUUCAAACUGUUCUGAGAGUUGAACACGCGAAGCAGUCGAUCAAAACAGAGGAUCGAGGAGAGUUGCUCUUAAGCGGCUCCGGCAAGUUGGUGGUGAUUAAACAAAGACCCGGGAGUUCCUUGUGUGUGCGUUGAUUGAAUAGUGCUGCUGUGCUGAUCUUCUUCUGUUUGCCCGGCAGUGUGUGGUUUCGGACUUCUGUUUCGUGUGUUUAGGCGGCUUCGUCGGCAGUGAUAUUGUUUGCUCUCCAAGUGCUCGUGAGGCUUGUCUGAUUGGAUUGAAGUUCGCUUCCGUGUGAGUUCGUGAUAAGAUUUGAUUUCGCAGCGUUCCUCAACUACAGCAAGGUGUGAAUUUGCCUUGGAUUCAUUGAGAGAAAAAAUAAGGUUUACAUAUCUUAGCAGAGAGUGAGAAAAAAAAGUGAAAAAUCACAUCCAAGGCAAAAAUAGCAAAAAAAAAAUAAAAAAAGUUACGAAGGAGAAGAGAGAAAAAAAAAAACGAUAUUACCUCGCGCGAGUGCAGUAGUAAAGUGUUUGUGUAUGGGUGUAUAAAGAGUUUUUGCUUCUUACAACAAACAUUUGAAGUGAAACUUGUUUGCCCGCCCUCGUGUGUCCUCCACGUGUCUCACCUGGCCGGUCGGUCCGUGGAGCUGGAGGGCGAUCAUCAUCAUCGUCGCCGUCAUUGGGCUCGUCGAGAAUUGCUGGGUGCUUCGAUUUUGUGUGCUUUUCAGCGUCAAACGCCGCAACCCACCCCGCGAUAGACCGAAAGAAUACCGCCCCUUGAUGACGCAGCCUUCGACGUCGUCUCCGCUGUAGGACGUCACGAGACCUCGACGACCUUCCCGCAGCCAAAGGAAGAAGGGAGAAGAAGAAACAGAAGACAGUGCGUCGCGACGACCCCGAAGAGUUCAGGGUAAAAUGUUUCAACGAUGUGGCUUGGUUGGUUCGACGGGCAAAAGCACCGGCACCAGUUGUGUAUGUUAAACGACGACGACGACGACGGUGGGCUCCAGUUCCUCUGAGUGUUGUUUCGCUUGGGCUUGGGUGAAUCUACGAGGACAGGUCAUGCCAGCGCUGCGAUUGUUCGGCCGGAAAUGGUUAGCCGCGUCGGACGACCUUGUGUUUCCGUGCCUGUUCGAGAUCGUGUUCCGUAUCGUAUGGCUCGGGCUGAUAUCAUGCGUAACGUCGACGUACUGGAGCGUGACCGCGGAGUGCGAUGAGCAGGCCGGGCUGGCCGUGCGGAUCUACCUGGCCGGCACCCUAGUGUUAAUUAGUGUUAAUAUGGUUCUACUCGUGCUGCUGGUGAACCGCAGCGCCCAAGGUUGCAUUACCGAGGUGCAGAAACGCACCCUGGUGGCGCCCCUGCUGGUGGUUAAAAUUUUGCUAAUUUUGCCAGAAACCGGACUGAACGUCUUCGGCACCAUGUGGGCCUUCUGCGGAACCAUCGAGUGUAAGAGUGAAGACAAAAUAUCUCAAACUGUGAUUGAAGCAAUCGUACUAUUCAACUGGGUAGUGUUUGCGCUUAUUAUCUUCGGAUUAGCGAUAGUGUUUGAUCCGCUCGGGUCGGCCAAGUACAAGAACGGCCGCGACAGCAACGACAACGGUCCCACCGAGUCGGCCAUCCACCGGAAGGUCUCGAAGCUGUGGUUCCGCCGAUUUCGGUGGGCCUUUUGCUGCCUGCGGAAGGACGAGUUUGGCCACGAGGCGUUUACGCAGGUGGCAAGUUUGCUGAGCGCGCUGUUUCGGGGGACGGAUUUGGUUCCGUCGGACAUAAUGGCCGGGUGUGUGCUGCUGAGGGUGAGACAGAAGAGGGAAACGCGCGAGAUGCGCCGGAUACGGAUGCUGAACGACGAUGGACCGAGGUAUUCGACGGAUAUCACGCGGGUGUUUGCGACCUCGCCGGCGUGGAUGACGAUUAAGAACGCGAGGCACUUUUUGCGGUUCGCACUGGCCGCGUACGGUUGGCCGAUGGUGUGCUACAUGCACUGCUGCACCGGUCCGUACCGGUUGAUACCGAAGAUGACUUGCUGUGCGUGCUUCCGCCGAAAACCCCAAAUCAUCAUCGAUGACAAUUGCUGUUUGUGCCACGUGUCCGGCGUUCGGUACACUUCCCGCAUCCGGAGUGAGGACGUACUGCAUGCUUCUUUCAAGAAUCACGUGUUUGAGCUUCCAUUUUGCGUGCUGGCAGAUCACAGCACCAAGAGCAUCGUCAUUUCGAUUCGAGGCAGUCUGUCGAUGCGAGACGUGUUCACCGAUCUGGUGGCCAACGCCGAGCGAUUCGAGGCUCCCGGAAUGCCUCCGGAGUCGUCCGCCCAUCGUGGAAUGGUGGCCGGAGUGGAUUGCAUGCUGAAACGCCUUCGCGAAGGAAACAUGCUCGAGCGAAUCUGCAACAUGUACCCGGAGUACACGUUGGUGUUGACGGGACACAGUCUGGGCGCCGGGGUGGCCAUCUUGUUGGCGGCCAAGCUGCGUAGCCGGUUCCCGGAUCUGCGGGUGUACGCGUUCGCCACUCCAGCUGGUCUGUUGAGUCGGGAAGCUGCUCGGUACACCGAGGGGUACGCGUUCACCAUCGGCGUCGGGGACGAUUUCGUGAUGCGAUUGGGGGUGGAUUCGAUUGAAAAUCUGCGAACCAGUGUAAUCGAGACGAUACGAGCCUGCAAGCUGCCCAAGUGGCGAAUAAUGUUGAAUGGUUUCGGGUACGCCUUGUUUGGUGUACCGUCUCGUGAUUUGGAAACCACGUGGCACGACGUGACGGAAAUCACGAAAAAGGCCGGACAGAGUCCGCUGCUCAACGAGCGGCCGAUACAAACGGUGACUGCAGCGGUAAAUGCUCCACUCUCUUUUGAUUUUAUGUUAUUUCUAAAUGGAAGAUUAUUUCAGGAAAACGGAGUACUUUCCAGUGAAAUCUCCAAACGAAGAUUCGCCAAAACUCGAUUGUUUACCGGAGGAAGAAUCUUGCACAUUGUGAGGCGCAAAAAGACGGAGCUUGAAAAGAAAACCAACACCGGCGGUCCCACCUUCGAGAUGCGCUGGGCCACCGCUGAGGACUUUAUGGAGCUCAAGGUGAUGCCCCGGAUGCUGCUGGACCACCUGCCGGACAACGUGUUCCGCACGCUGACCAGGAUUCUCGAGGAGCAGAAAACUCACAACGGAUCGAUGCUCUCUUUGCAGGAGAUUUAGGGAGGAAGAAGAUGUGAAUAAAAGUGAACCCAACCGAAUAGAUGCCAAAAGUUAGGAAAACAAAACAGGAACAAAGAAUCGAACGUAACCCUCCAAUUGACAAAAAAACUAAAACAGUCCAUGAGUGCCUUAAGGAAACCUGUAAAUCUUGCCGUCUACACAUACAGUUAGGACUAGGAAAAGUUGUCGCGUUUAGCUAGUUAAGUGUACUGUUAGCCAAAACCAGAGAAAGCCCUAUCAAAUAGGAAAAUUAUUCAUACUUGUCUUCAUCAUAUAUCUAGAGAGAGAAAAAAAGAGGUAAACAGUGUUAGAGACUAAACAAAACUUGCUCACUUCCUACUUGUGUAUCGUUACGAGACAAAAGUAAACUAAACAACAACAAAAAAAAAACAUAACGAAGGGAUUUCAUCCAAAAAUCGGAAUCAUCCAAUUCCAUUUCCUUUACUCUAGAGACGUAAGUGCAACAACAGACACAAAAGCAUUCCAAUUUGAAUCUGAAUAGCUGAUAUUUUUUUUAUUUCGUCCCGGUAAGCAGAUUUUAAUUUAGUUUUUAAGAAGGGAAAGUGCGUUGAGCGAAAGUGCGAAAUGACAGGACAGGAUGGUAUUCAUUCCAAGUAUUGCGCUUUUCCACUGCUUCGUCUCGAAGGUUGAGAAGCGCUUUUUUAUUAUUUUAGAAAAAUAGGGGGGAAAUUUUAUUUGAUAUUGAAGAAACGAAAGAUAUACAAGUGGAAGA